CACCCCCAGGACUGAAGAUGCCAGAGCAAAGUAACGACUACCGGGUGGUGGUGUUCGGCGCCGGCGGCGUGGGCAAGAGCUCGCUGGUGGUGCGCUUCGUCAAGGGCACCUUCCGAGACACGUACAUCCCCACGGUGGAGGACACCUACACGCAGGUGAUCAGCUGUGACAAGAGCGUGUGCACGCUGCAGAUCACCGACACCACGGGCAGCCACCAGUUCCCCGCAAUGCAGCGCCUGUCCAUCUCCAAGGGCCACGCCUUCAUCCUGGUCUACUCCAUCACCAGCAAGCAGUCGCUGGAGGAGCUCAAGCCCAUCUACCAGCAGGUGCUGGCCAUCAAGGGCAACGUGGAGAACAUUCCCAUCAUGCUCGUGGGCAACAAGAUGGACGAGCCGCAGCGCGAGGUGGACACGCGGGACGGCGAGGCGCAGGCGCGGGCCUGGAAGUGCGCCUUCAUGGAGACGUCCGCCAAGACCAACCACAACGUCAAGGAGCUGUUCCAGGAGCUGCUCAACCUGGACAAGAAGAGGAACAUGAGCCUCAACAUCGACGGCAAGCGCUCCAGCAAGCAGAAGCGCGCCGACAAGCUCAAGGGCAAGUGCACGAUCAUGUAGGAGCGGCCGUCGUCCGGGGGACGGACUCGCACGCUGACCAGGUGGAGCGGAGAGGAGAGGAAGAGGUCGACUCAAGGGCAGAAUAAAAAGUCAAAUAAAAAGAGGGAGAAUAUGUUGUUGUGUUGAUUACAGAUGCCUUCACCACCACCACACCAGCUCAUCCCAGCCCUGCUCACGCUAAAGCCCAGAGAGAGAGACAGAGACGAGACGGAGAUGAGACAGAGACGAGACAGAGACGAGACAUUCUCCAGCGUCAGUGCAGUUUCCUGUUUUUACUUUAAGGGAAUUGGGGAGAGUGAGGGCGCAUGAUAAACGCACAGACACGGAACAAGGCUGAGACGGAACAAGGCUGAGAUGGAACAAGGCUGAGACGGAACAAGGCUGAGACGGUUUCACAGAAAGCUGCAUUUUCCAUCUCAAGGAUGACAAGAGCGGGGGAAAAAAAGAGAAAACAGAGCUUAAGAGUAGAAAUCAGGGAAGAGUGUUUCAGUCUCCCCUUCAGUCAUUCCAUGUCAUGCCAUCUCUCUCCAUGAAAUAACUGCACAGAUGUUUAGAUAUACUACUGAGAGGGGCCAUAGCUGGAGGGGGGCCUGGUCAAGGCACUACUCGACAUGUGGACUGGACUGGACUGGACGUCCUCCAGAGCUUCAGCAUGCAGUCCUUCUGGUCAGCCUCUGUGUGUGCAUCUUAGUCAUUGGGUUGAUUUAGCGUGUUUGUUCAAUAGCAUGUACCAACAGGGUUGAGUUCUGUGCAGGCGUACGCCCACUGGCGGGGUCAUCUCACACUCUCGGUGCUCUCAUAGGUCACACUGAGAGCCCCUGCCAACUUUCAGAUGGUUUGAUUGGUCCUUACCUGUCAGUCAGACUGUGCGUAGGACUCUGGGACUCGGAGCUCUGCCCAUGGCCUCACCUGGCAUUCUGCAACCCUGCACAGAAUCUCUGAGAGUAUGCAAACAAGCUUCACCUUUAGACAAAGUUGAUUCAGAAUAGCAAAGUAAAAAAAAAAGUGUUUGGACGCAUUUCAAUGUUAGUAGCACAAACAAUUUACAUUUUUAACCACAGGAAAUAACAUUUUUUUUAUUGGAGCAAAAGAAUUGUAAUGCACUUCCUUAACGCGGUUUGUGGAUAGGUGUUUGCAGAUUUGUACUGUGUAUUUCUGACUAUUCUCUUUUCAAAGACCCAGUCCAGUGCCACAUCUGGGCCUGCUUGCUUUCGUUUUGGUUCCUGCGUUAGAAAUGAAAACACCAGACUGCAGCUGGCUCUGAGACGGGUCCAACCCUUACCUGCCCCAGGUGGGCCACAGCUGGACCUUGCCUGCCCCAGGUGUGCCACAGCUGGGUCCAACCCUUACCUGUCCCAGGUGUGCCAUAGCUAGACCUUACCUGCCCCAGGUGUGCCACAGCUAGACCUUACCUGGUUCAUACCUUUUAUCUAACUUUUGAACCCAGAGUUUUGCUCACAGAGUCGCGGUUUGUGGUUGUUGUUAUUAUUCUUUUACAUUUUAUUUAGUCUUUUACUAAUAUUGUCUUUUUAUUUCUUUAUAAGUACUUUAAACACUUAUUUUUUAUGUAAUUUAUGUAAACAUCAACAUAAAGAUACCUGUCCCAUAAGGCAUAAGGGAUCACUACGUAGAUCACUACUGCAAGGUCACUGUCCCAUGUCUGAGCUGCAUCUGCAUAAGGGGUCACUAUGAUGCAAGGUUCCUGGUAUAACAUCAGGAGAAACCGCUGAUCUCUAAACAACACGUCAACUAGACACAACAGCUGCUCAGUGCUGUGUCCUUCUAGGGAUCAUCUCUCUGGGUUACUCUCAUAGCUACCCUGGUUAGCCAGUUAGCUCUCUUCAUAGAGCAGCUCUCUGGGUUACUCUCAUAGCUACCCUGGUUACCCUGGUUACCUUGGUUACCUCUCUUCAUAGUGCAGCCCUCAGACCCACCAGACCUGGGCCAUACCCGUGCCAGACCUGGGCCAUACCAGUCCGUCACAGAGCCGCAUGCUGCCUGGGAAUGCUUAGCAAUACAUUAUGGUCUGGAUGAACGGGCUGCCAACUCUUUGCUUCUUUUGUUUAUCUUUGACACCCUGCGUUUACUCACAGUGUUUUGUUUUUGUUUGUCUUUG